AUGGCCCAUACCUCCACCAACGACGCCAGUCCCAGUCCACCCCUCACUCCUGCCUACACCACGACAGAGUCGAAAGCAUUCCCCACGCCUCAAUCAGUCACCACAGCAGCAUCCUCCGCUGCCAAGGCACAGGAACAUGCCACUACCAGCACAUUGCCCAUCAGCAACACCGGCACAGCCUCGGUCAACUACCCGGCUUUCGAGAUCCACGAACGACCAAUCUGCCUCUCCCGAGCCGACCAAGACGAGCUCUACCGCAAGCACAAGCUGUUCAAAAUGAAGACCGCUACCAAGGACGGAUCUGGCUGUAUCAGCGAUGUGACCAAGCACAUUCCAUACUCGAGCGACAAGAAGGGCUUUGGGGAGAAGACGGGGAGAGAUGGGUUCAAUGUAUUCGAAUACAGCUUCCAACUUCCUGACGAAGGUGAUGGCAAGCCGUACACUGUCAUGUGGGAUUACGAGAACGGACUUGUACGCAUCACGCCGUUUUUCAAAGCGUGCAAGUACUCCAAGACCACUCCAGCCAAAGCCCUCUCCACCAACGCCGGCGUCAAAGAGCUCUCCCACUCCAUCACCGGCGGCGCCCUCACAGCCCAAGGCUACUGGCUCCCCUACCAAUGCGCCCGCGCCAUCUGCCUCACCUUCUGCUGGCACAUCCGCUGGCCACUCGUGCACAUCUUCGGCCCCAGCUUCAUCCGCGAGUGUCUACCCCCAAGCGACCCCAACUUCGGCAAAUUCAAAAUCUCCCAGGAAAUCGUCCGCUGCGCUACGCUGGAGGUCGAAGCCUGGAAACCAUCUCCCACCUCAACUCGCAACAACACCGCCACAGCAGCCCCACGCAGCACACCCGCUCCCAAAGCCCUCCGCCCCCGCUCCCUCAAACCGCCUUUCAAACCCGGCUCUCCCUUCGACUCUUCCUCCUCACAAACCUCCUCCUACCGUCUCACCACCCCCCUCGCCGACUCCCCCGGCAUCUCGCCCAAGUCCGCCUUCCGUGAGCACGCCAUCACCAGCUCCGGCUGGACGAGCGUGAAUCGCCCGUACGCCUCCUCUUCCCUGCCUGAGCCGCCGCAUAAUACGCCCGUGGCAUCGUUGGCGGAUGCGCUGUUGGCACAGCCGCGGUAUGCUUCGUGGAGGCCUGCUGAGGGCGUUGCGGGUGCAGCAUACAACGCCGCGCACAAUACGCAGCACUCCAACAAGCGACGCCGCUCGCACUCGACCCACAGAAGUAAAGGCAAAGGCAAAGCCGACACGCACACAACGUACCCGUCGGACGACCACACGACUUCCGAUGCCGACAUCUCCCAAAGCGAAAGCGAGAGCGACGACAUAGAUAUAUCCCCUCCUCCGCCCUCCAAGAAACGCGCACGGUACCAGCUCGGCCGUUCAGAAACUGAGGCUUCGUCUGCGCCGCCGGAGAUGGGAAGGGCGCCGCCUGAGAUGGAGAGGAAGAAGGGGGGCAAGUCGAAGCGAUUCACAGCGGAGGACGCGAGGGCGGCGCAGUGGUUGCUGAAUCUGCAUUAUCAGGAUGCUGGGUUGGCGAGGGGGCCGGAUGGGGUAGUGAGGACGAAUGAGGGGGUGGUAGAGAAGGGAGGGAGGUGUGAAUGA